AUGAUUAUUGGAACAUUUAAAACAAUAACAAAUGUAUAUAUUAAAUCUUUUAAUAUAAAUUCCAAUUUCAAGUCUAGAGAAUUGGUAAAAUUCACUAGAAGAUGGCUCAAUGUGAGUGAAUAUAUUGGAAUGACAGUUUUGAAGAGAAAUGGAGUGAGAGUGCCGGAAUUCCGCUCAGCAACAACACCAGAAGAAGCUUUUGAAGCUAGUAAGUCGAUCCAACAAGUUACAGGAAAACCUGAAUUGGUGAUAAAAGCGCUAGUUUUAACAGGUGGUAGAGGUAAGGGAGUGUUUAGUAAUACAGGUUUCAAAGGAGUUGAAGUGGUUAAUUCACCAGAGUCAGCGUCAGAAUGUGCUAAAGGAAUGCUCGGAAAUUAUUUAACAACUAAGCAGACGGUGGGUAAGGGAUUAUUGUGUUCCCAAGUGCUCUUGGCCCAGAAGUUAAGCUUGAAAAAUGAACGAUAUUUAAGCUUUACACUUGAUAGAGGAUCUGGUGGGAUAGUUGCAAUUGCCACAAAACAUGGCGGUGGCAAUGUGGAGGAAAUUGCUCAUGAGUAUCCAGACUCAGUGUUAACACUGUCAGUAUCACCUCUGACAGGACUAACAGAUGAAAACACGGAACAAUUAGUUAAACAAUUGUCAUUCACCGAAAAUGUUAGAGACCAAGUAGUAGCAGCUGUGAAACAAAUAUAUAAUACGUUUGUACAGUUUGAUGGUACAUUGUUGGAAGUGAACCCGUUGGUUGAGACGGAUAGCGGUGAAAUAUUGGCGUGUGAUUCCAAGUUAAUUGUAGAUGAUAAUGCCAAGUAUAGGCAGAAGGAGUUAUUUGACAUGACACCCGUGACUAGGACUAGGGAAGAAGAAGAAGCAGAUCGUGCAGGCCUAAACUAUAUAUCACUGGAUGGUAACGUUGCCUGUAUUGUAAAUGGAGCUGGAUUGGCAAUGGCUACGAUGGACCUAAUUCAACAUCAUGGAGGCAGAGCUGCAAACUUUCUGGAUGUCGGUGGUAAUUCAACAUCUGAAACCCUUUCCAAGGCGCUUGAAAUUGUUAAUUCCGACACCAGAGCCAAGGUUCUAUUGGUGAAUAUCGUGGGUGGAAUUGUACGCUGUGACAAAUUCGCCGAGUCAUUUGUCGAGGCUAGUAAGACCUUAAGUAGACAAUUACCUGUGGUAAUACGACUACAAGGUACAAGGGCUGAGGCUGCCAAGAAGUUAUUAAAUGAAUCAAAUAUUCCACAUUUAUUCUGUACUGAUUUUGAUUCCGUUUGUAAAUCAGCCGUUGAAAUUGCCAAUACCAAUUAA